AGGGAUUUCUUCUUUGUUUUCAUCCCUCGUUCUCUGGUUCAUUCUCAGUUACAUUUCUUACACCCAUAAUCCCACAAAUUAGAGAGGAUGUGUGUUAAGACAAAGCCUUGUUUCUGGCUCUUUGUGCUUUUGUUGCUAUUCGUUUACCAUAGGACUUGCUUCUCAAUUGGAGAUGACACCCUUUUGGUUGGCCAAUCUCUCUCUGCAAACCAAACUCUAAUAUCUCAAAACGGCAUUUUUGAACUCGGUUUCUUCAAGCCAGGCGCUUCUUUAAGCAUUUACCUGGGAAUAUGGUAUAAGAACGUCCCAAAUAAGACGAUUGUUUGGGUAGCAAAUAGGGAGAGCCCUUUAAACAACCCUGCUUCAUCGAAGCUUGAAUUGUCACCGGAUGGCAUUCUUGUCCUGCUGAAAAAUUUCACCGAAACAGUUUGGUCAACAGCUCUUGCAUCUUCAGUGCCGAAUACUAGUACAGCACAAGCAGCACUUCUUGAUAAUGGAAACUUUGUCAUUAAAGAUGGCUCAAACCCAUCCGCUAUUUACUGGCAGAGUUUUGACAAUCCAACUGAUACAUGGCUACCUGGUGGAAAGCUUGGAAUCAACAAGCACACUGGGCAAGUGCAGCGGCUUAUUUCAUGGAAAAACCCAGAAGAUCCUGCACCAGGUAUGUUCUCGAUUGGGAUCGACCCAAAUGGAAGUAGUCAGUUUUUCAUAGAGUGGAACAGGUCACACAGGUAUUGGAGCAGUGGUGAUUGGAAUGGAGAAAGAUUUACCUUGGUACCUGAGAUGAGAUUGAACUAUAUUUUCAAUUAUAGUUAUGUAUCAAAUGAAAAUGAAAGCUAUUUCACCUAUUCUUUGUACGAUACCUCAUUUCUUUCAAGAACCGUGAUUGGUGUUUCAGGACAGAUCAAACAAUUCAGUUAUUUGGGAAAUAUUAGGGAAUGGUUUCUUUUAUGGGCUCAACCAAAAUACCAAGCUGAUAUUUAUGGUUUAUGCGGGGCUUUUGGAGUCUUUCAAGUAAAUUCAUCACCUCCUUGCGGAUGUCUCAGAGGUUUUAGACCAUUUGUAGCAAAUGAUUGGCCAAGCGGUUGCCUUAGGAUGUCUCCUUUGCAUUGUCAACAUAGGAAAAAUAUUGCAGUGUCAAAUGAUGGGUUUUUAAAGAUGUCGAAUCUAACAUUACCAGGAAAUUCAAAAGCAUAUCAGAAAGUGAGUUAUGAAAGAUGCAGAUUGGAUUGCAUUGAAAAUUGUUCUUGCAUGGCUCAUGCCUAUAAUGAUAAUAAUGGUGAGUGUCUUUUAUGGGAUGGAGCUCUUAUAAACUUACAACGGGCAGAGUUUGCUGGUGGCAGGACUGAAGCAGAAAUUUACAUCAGAUUUGCUGCUUCUGAAGUUGACCAUGAGACUGGUAGUGGGUUUAGCCGAAUAGGUAAUAACAGAAGGAAAAUAUGGGUAACCUUGGCUGUGGCUGUUCCAGUAACUCUGAUUACCUUAGGCCUCUACAUAUACUUCAGCUGUCUGCGCAAGGGAAAGCUCAUACACAAAGGAAAGGAAUAUACCGGUCACGAUUUAUUGCUCUUUGAUUUCGAUACCGAUCCUAGCUCAACUAACAAUGAAUCUAGCUCUGUUGACAAUGGGAAGAAAAGAUGGAGUAAAAAUAUGGAAUUGCCAUUAUUCAGUUAUGAGAGCGUAUCAGUUGCAACUGAACAAUUCUCAGACAAGCUUGGAGAGGGAGGAUUUGGACCUGUUUAUAAGGGCAAAUUACCAAAGGGACUGGAAAUAGCAGUGAAGAGGCUUUCAGAAAGAUCUGGGCAAGGGCUUGAGGAGUUCAGAAAUGAGACAAUUCUAAUCGCCAAACUCCAGCACCGGAAUCUUGUCAGGCUAUUAGGUUCCUGUAUUGAACGGGAUGAGAAAAUGCUAAUCUAUGAGUACAUGCCAAAUAAAAGCUUGGAUUUCUUUCUCUUUGAUGCAAACAGAGGACAAAUCUUAGAUUGGGGUACACGGAUUCGGAUAAUCGAAGGAAUUGCUCAAGGCCUUCUGUAUCUACAUAGAUAUUCACGGUUACGAAUCAUUCACAGGGAUUUAAAACCUAGCAACAUUCUAUUAGACAGUGAAAUGAAUCCAAAAAUAUCUGAUUUCGGGAUGGCUCGAAUUUUCGGAGGCAAUGAAACUCAAGCAAACACCAACAGGAUCGUUGGAACAUAUGGCUAUAUGUCCCCUGAAUAUGCUAUGGAGGGCCUCUUCUCAAUAAAAUCUGAUGUGUUUAGCUUCGGGGUGCUGGUACUUGAGAUUGUGAGCGGCAAGAAGAAUACUAGUUUCUACCACAGCGACUCCCUCAAUCUUCUUGGACAUGCAUGGAAGUUAUGGAAUUCUAAUAAAGCUUUGGACUUGAUGGAUCCAAGCCUGGGAGGUCCUCCUUCAACUUCUACGCUGUUGAGAUACAUAAACAUAGGGCUUCUUUGUGUCCAAGAAAGUCCUGCUGAUCGGCCUACAAUGUCUGAUGUCAUCCCCAUGAUUGUAAAUGAACACGUAGCUCUCCCAGAACCUAAGCAACCUGCUUUUGUUGCAGGCAGAAACGUGGCAGAACCAAGGUCAUUGAUGAGCUUUGCUGGCGUACCUUCCGUGAAUAAUGUGACAAUAACAACGAUAGAUGCCAGAUAAUUUUUUCUUUCGAUACCAAGAUAUCAUUGGAUUUAUAAUGAUAGACUACUCCAAUUCCAAUGCGUGGUGGGAUUCGGUUUUUUUCUUGUUCUUUUUCUUUUUUUUCAUCAAGAGGUUUAUAUUAGAAAUUGUUCCAUUUUGUCUGUUUUGUAUUUUAUAUUUUUUUAUCAAAUACUUAGAAAUUGAAGUCAAAGGCUAUUGAUACCAAUUUGACUA